AUGUCCGGCACCCUUGUACCCACGGGUAGCGGCAACUUCCAACAGUCGGGUCAACUUGACUGGGUAUCUCUGUCAAAGAUUCCAGUCACGUUCGGGUUCGACGUCCUAGUACGACUAUCCAAGGCGGAACUCAACCCUGCUACUAUAGCCAUUGGCCGGUUUGUCUGUGGCCGAUUUGUGAUUAAGGCCGAAGCUCAAAAAAGGAUCCGCGAUGCUUUGUCUAGCUUGAAAUCCUUUUCAUCCUUUGGGAACCUCGUCUGGUUUGGGUUUGGAAUAAAGCCGAUCGUGAAAGAUCUCGCGGAAACUGAGCAAGGAUUGACAUGUGUCGCUUUAUGCGCAUGCCUGUCUAUUUCUUACGAUUCCUUUUAUGUUGCGGAGGUUCUCCGAGAAAUUUGCAAAUUACAGGAGACUCCCUCAGACUUUAUUCCGUCGCUCCAUCAGUGGAAAACAUUGGUUCGGAUGUGUGCCGGAUCAGUAUCAAAUUCUAAGUUUCCUACCCUCCUUGAAGGGUUAAUGCGCCUCGCCGCCCCUAGCGCAGGGGCGUCAUUUGAUCAACCAACGACAGCAGAAGCUCUUGCAAAAGCCAUCGGAGCCCUAGCUGAUGUCUCCAAUAAUAAGUUGGCAAAUACUACGAUUGCCGGUGGGCUCGAUUGCAUGUGGCUCGCUGCCUUCUCAGAGUGGUGUUUAGCAUUGGAUGUUGAGGUACGUCUCAGCUCAGGCAGUACGGUAUACAGAUCAUCAGCGAACGACGACCACUGUUUACCUUCGGUCACGAUCGUCUUCGACUCGCAGAACGAACAAUCAAUCCAGUUAAGCAAAUGUCAUAUUGUUCCGAAAGGUUGUAGGUUCUGGGGAAUCCCGGACCCGGACCAAUCCAGAUUUAGAGGGGGUCGCUCAGAAUGGACAAACAUACUUGCAGAUACCUUCGGUCGCCAUAUGGAUAUUCUCUGUACGGGUGCUAUGCAAGAGAAUUUUGCCCUCCUCUUGUUUCAUGCAUCUAACCUUGCCGACGGGUGUUAUCGUUAUGGCCCCGUGAAGCGCGACCGACGACCUGGGUCCGAUGGACACAGCUUUCCAUUCCGUCGAUUCCACUUCAGUCAUCUAUCUAGCGGUGGUCAAGUCUUUUUACAAUUUGCAUCCAAACGUCUUCCGGAACUUGCUUCGACUAUUGAUAUACUCAACCAAGUCGAGAUCCGAACAUUCACAAGCGCAACUUGGCAGCAGACUAUUCACAAUCUUACUCUUGGAUGCACGUGUGAGAGGUGUCAAGGCGAAGAAAUGGCAUAUCAGAAAUCUAAUCCCGUUAAGGACAUUCGAAACACACGAAAACACUGGGGUCACACUCAGCCGGCAUAUUUCCCCACGUAUGACAUGGAUAUCUUGACAGCUGCCUUGACGGUCUUUUCUGGCCCAAUAGAGAGCAAUGGAAAAGAAUCUUCUGCUCUUUCCUAUGAUGGUAUCUGCGUUUUCUUCAAGGCCCUCGAAGAUUUGAACUUAUCACCGGAAGAAGCAUCGCGUUUUAUAGUUGUUGCUGGUCAUAUUCAUUUUGAAGGAUCGAAAUACGAGAGAAUACGUGAUCUCACAGCUAAUGCUGGAAUUCCUAAACUCGACAUUGGAUCCCACAUUUCUUAUACCCUUGUCGCGCAAGAGACUCCGCAGCAAGGUUCUCUUGCAGCAGCUUACAAAAUCUCGUCCAAUGGACGGCCCUACGGCCACCUAUUAGGGAUAUCACAGCUUGAGCACGCGAUUGCCAAGUCAAUCCAAGCACCAAUCCAGUGUGGACCAUCUUGUGACUGGACUCUUCUUUAUCAAACUCGAGAGACUGUCAUAUUCGUCCCUGCACCCACGACCCAGAGAUCUGGCGCGCUGCUACCAUUGGAACCCCAAUGGUCCCUUCUUUCAGCUCCUAGGAUUGGCAAGGCUGGACAGAUUAAACUGCAAGUUAUGCAAGCCCCAAUCUAUCAACUUUAUUUGGAAAUAACCAAAGAAGUCGAGACCCAUCAACUGGUCUAUCUAAGCCUCUGUUCCCGCUGCCUCAACGGAUUUUCACCAUCUCCAGAUCUUAUCCAUGAAAACAUUCGGCUAUCUCAAGGAAUGCGUCGUCUCCCUCACAGAAGACCAGAAGGAACAAUAACUGUAACUUUUCCGUCCGAGAUUGGAGCUUCCAUGAACAAGUGUUUUGAGAUUUUCGUCGUGAGGAAUUUUAGCGAUAAAGUAAAAGAGAUGUCCACUGGCAAUGGACAGGUCCCCGAACUAGUGACGACGGUUUGUGAAAACGACAAAAAAGGCAUUAGUAAACCGGUGUUACAAACAGCAGCAACAGUUGGACACCGAGGCUUGAUGCAAUUAUUGUUACAAACGGGGACAGAGGGCUCUACAAUGAGCGGAGGGGAAACGCCACUUCAUUGUGCUGCUGGAAAAGAUCACGACGAAGUUGUAAAACUUUUGAUGGUAAGAGGAGCCGAACUCGACUCAAGGGACAAGGAUGGCCAGACACCGCUGUCAAGAGCCGCGCAUAAAGGACAUAAGUCUACAGUGAAGCUCAUGCUAAGGUAUGGCGCUUAUCGGGACUCAAGAGACAACUACGGGCAAAUCGCGCUAGUAUGGGCGGCUGCUCUAGGCCACAUUGCGGUAGUGGAAUUGCUACUUCAAGAGAAGGCGGAUAUCAAUGCGGUACCUUCGAAGAAUGGAAGAACAGCACUACAAGCGGCAGCAGAAGGAGGCCAUCUUGCAGUUGUUGAGCGGCUACUCCAGGAGGAGGCAGAUGUCAAUGCAGCACCUGCAGUGAAUGGCAGAACAGCACUGCAGGCGGCGGCAGGAGGAGGCCAUCUGGCAGUUGUUGAGCGGCUGCUUCAAGAGAAGGCGGAUGUCAAUGCAGCACCUGCAGAGAAUGGAAGAACAGCACUGCAGGCGGCAGCAGAAGGAGGCCAUCUUGCAGUUGUUGAGCGUCUACAAGAACAGCUCUGCAGGCGGCAGUAUGUCAAAUGCAAGGUCUAGAUCAAAGUCGCUGUCAAAAUGGCCAGCAUAGAUCAACUCAUCGUCUUCUACGUUGAUUUUUGCACCA